GCUGGCUGAGCCGCAUUUAACCUCGGGAAGCCGUAGCUGAGAGCGAAGGGUUCCUCCUGGGGAAACUGCAGCUGGACAGCAUGGCUCAGGAGUUUGUGAACAGCAAAAUCCAUCCUGGGAAGGUGGUCGUGUUCAUCAAGCCCACCUGUCCCUACUGCAGAAAGACCCAGGAGAUCCUCAGCGCUCUGCCCUUCAAGCACGGACUUCUCGAAUUUGUGGAUAUCACAGCCAACAGCGACACGAGCGAGAUUCAAGAUUACUUGCAGCAGCUCACGGGCGCCAGAACGGUCCCUCGGGUGUUCAUCGGGAAAGACUGCAUAGGUGGAUGCAGUGACCUACAAAGCAUGCAGCAGAGCGGGGAGCUGCUGACCCGGCUGAAGACAAUUGGAGCUCUGCAGUAAUCCCAGGGGCGUGGCAGGGUAAGGAAUGCUGUCGCCCCCUCCCCCAAACAGCAUCGCAAAGGAAGGCAACGUUUCCUGGUGAAUGGGACUUUGUGCAAAAACAACUUUUUUGUGUGUCUUACUCCCAGAGCACUGAAAAGUGGGCCAACUUGCCCCUAACCACGGGGCCAAGAAGGUGAACAGACCAUCUUGGUUUUCUUCUGGAUUAGCUCUUUGACAGAUUCUCCGUAGGAGUCACCCAGCAGUGGUCCACAAGGUGUUCUGUGUUCAGCACAUGGUUCUUAUCCAUCCUUCACGUACCAGCAUGCCUCUACCUCUAAGCCAGCGUUUUUCAACCAUGUUGAUCCAAAUCCCUAACCCUGAAUCAGCAGUAUUAUGGAAUCAAUGGGUAUUGUGAUCCGCCCCCCACCCCCCAAACUGUAGAUAGGCAUCUCCCUCCCCAGCCUACCCCAUCUGGACAGUUACUGUGUUGAGCCAGCAUCCUCAAAUGUGUCAUCCCCUAGAUUUCAUGGAAGACUUUCCACAAUCCUGUAAAAACUAGUGUGAGACAGACAUUGGACAAAGAAGUUAAACAGGGUUGCUUCUCAUGGGGGCCACGUGAACAGACAUGUGACAGAUGGUAUAAACAUAUGCAAGGGAAGAUGCUGUCCAGAAACCCAGAGCAGCUGAGUGUCAGUUUGAUCUAGACAAUUGGCAAAAUUAAAAUAUGAGCAGAAGAAUUAUCAGGACACUCCCCAAAGACUAUGUGUGGAAGGAAGCCAAGUUUGAGAAACACCGUCCUAAAUAAUUUUCCCCACACAUUGAAAACUUAGUUUGUUCUACAAUCAUAUGUUCCUUCUGUGAUCUCUGAGGAUGAUUUUUUUUUAAAUAAAGAUAUACUCAUGGUUUUUGUCUAGUUCUAUACUAUUGUGGUAGUUUGAAUGUGAUAGUUUAAAUGUAUGGGCCCAAGGACUCAGGUGUCUUAUUAAAAUUAAGCUUGCAAGCUGAGCCUCUGGAAGACAGACCCCUGCUCCAGGGGACAUGUCAUCGGGGACAGACUGGAUUUCAGAGUCCAGCCCUGAGAUGUGUUUUGGGCAGGUCUUUAGCCCUAAGGUGUGUGGAGAACAGUGUGAGCUCUGGCUAUCUGUGUUUGGUGGUGUGUCUCUGCCGUGAAUCGAUAGAAAGGAGCCAGCUUCUUCCACCAUUGAUGGUGUUUUGGAAUUUGUAAGCCUGAAAUAAACCCUUUCCUCCUAUAAA